CUCCAGGCCCCCCCGGAGGAUCUGAGGCUGAAGGCAGACGCGGACGGCGCCUGCAUUUCACCUCCCGUGCUGGGCCACGCUGCUUCCUGCCUGGACCUGUGGGACACGGCCUGGCCUGCCAACUCUCUCAGGACAGGGAUUUUUUCCGUGGUGGUUGCUACUGCGCGCCCAUGGCGUCCAGAUUAGUGCCUGUCACCAGGAUGGCGCUGGAUAAAGGAUCUGCACCGCCAAUGGAUACCGAGGGGUUUGGUGAGCUCCUUCAGCAAGCUGAACAGCUUGCUGCCGAGACCGAGGGCAUCUCCGAGCUUCCCCACGUGGAGCGGAACCUGCAGGAGAUCCAGCAGGCGGGCGAGCGCCUGCGCUCCCGCACCCUCACACGCACGUCCCAGGAGACGGCAGACGUCAAGGCGUCCGUUCUCCUGGGGUCUCGGGGACUUGACAUCUCCCACAUCUCCCAGCGUUUGGAGAGCCUGAGUGCGGCCACCACCUUCGAGCCUCUUGAGCCUGUGAAGGACACAGACAUUCAGGGCUUCCUAAAGAAUGAGAAGGACAAUGCCCUGCUGUCGGCCAUUGAGGAGUCCCGGAAGAGGCUUCUUAUCACACUAAUGAUGAAUGGAACCACAGGGCUGUUUAUUCAGGUUGUGGGGUUGUUUCUAAAUGAGAAGCUGGCACCCCUCUCAGAUCUGUCCGAGGAUUUGGUCCCAGAAAGCUGCCAGUUUGCAGAGUACAUCCUGUAUUCAAGGCCCAAGAGUUCUGGCACACAGACAUUUGGCAUGGCUGAAGAGUACCAUCGAGAGUCAAUGCUGGUCGAGUGGGAGCAAGUGAAACAGCGAAUUCUCCACACACUGCUGGCAUCAGGAGAAGAUGCCCUGGACUUUACUCAAGAAAGUGAGCCAAGUUACAUCAGCGAUGUGGGACCCCCUGGUCGGAGCUCUCUGGACAGCAUCGAGAUGGCCUAUGCCCGGCAGAUUUAUAUCUAUAACGAGAAGAUCGUAAACGGGCACCUGCAGCCUAACCUCGUGGACCUCUGCGCUUCCGUCGCAGAGCUGGACGAUAAGAACAUCUCUGACCUGUGGACCAUGGUAAAGCAAAUGACAGACGUGCUGCUGGCACCGGCCAUGGAUGCCCUGAAGAGCCGCAGCAGCGUGGAAGUGCGCAUGGAGCUGGUCAGGCAGGCCCUGCGGUACCUGGAGCAGAGUUAUAAGAAUUACACCCUCGUGACGGUCUUUGGGAAUUUGCAUCAGGCCCAGCUGGGCGGUGUGCCUGGGACUUACCAGUUGGUUCGAAGUUUCCUGAACAUUAAACUGCCAGCUCCUUUGCCUGGACUUCAGGACGGAGAGGUGGAAGGCCACCCUGUGUGGGCGUUGAUUUAUUACUGCAUGCGCUGCGGAGACCUGCUGGCUGCCGCCCAGGUGGUCAACCUAGCCCAGCACCAGCUGGGAGAGUUCAAAACCUGGUUCCAGGAAUACAUGAACAGCAAGGACAGAAGAUUGUCCCCGGCUACAGAGAACAAGCUCCGCCUGCACUACCGCAGGGCCCUCCGGAACAACACAGACCCCUACAAGCGGGCCGUGUACUGCAUCAUCGGCAGGUGUGAUGUCACUGACAACCAGAGCGAAGUGGCCGACAAAACCGAGGACUACCUGUGGUUAAAGUUGAACCAAGUGUGUUUCGAUGAUGAUGGCACCAGCUCCCCACAGGACAGGCUCACUCUCUCGCAGUUCCAGAAACAGCUGUUGGAAGACUACGGCGAGUCCCACUUCGCAGUGAACCAGCAGCCCUUCCUCUACUUCCAAGUGCUGUUCCUGACCGCGCAGUUCGAGGCGGCCAUCGCCUUUCUCUUCCGCACCGAGCGGCUGCGCUGUCAUGCCGUCCACGUGGCCCUCGUGCUCUUUGAGCUCAAGCUGCUUUUGAAGUCCUCCGGACAGAGUGCGCAACUCCUCAGCCAUGAGCCUGGCGAUCCCCCCUGCAUGCGGCGGCUGAACUUCGUGCGCCUCCUCAUGCUCUACACCCGGAAGUUUGAGUCCACGGACCCGAGGGAGGCCCUCCAGUACUUCUACUUCCUCAGGGACGAGAAAGACAGUCAAGGAGAAAACAUGUUUCUACGCUGUGUGAGCGAGCUUGUGAUCGAGAGCCGAGAGUUCGACAUGAUCCUCGGGAAACUGGAGAAUGAUGGGAGCAGAAAGCCUGGAGUCAUAGAUAAGUUUACUAAUGAUACGAAGCCUAUUAUCAACAAAGUUGCUUCCGUGGCCGAAAAUAAAGGACUGUUUGAGGAAGCCGCAAAGCUUUACGACCUUGCCAAGAAUGCUGAUAAGGUGCUGGAGCUGAUGAACAAACUGCUGAGCCCCGUCGUGCCCCAGAUCAGCGCUCCACAGUCCAACAAGGAGAGGCUGAAGAACAUGGCCCUCUCCAUCGCGGAACGGUACAGGGCUCAGGGAGUCAGUGCAAAUAAAUUUGUGGACUCCACAUUCUAUCUCCUGCUGGAUCUGAUUACCUUCUUUGAUGAAUAUCACAGUGGCCAUAUUGACAGAGCCUUUGACAUCAUUGAUCGCUUGAAGCUGGUGCCCCUGAAUCAGGACAGCGUGGAGGAGAGAGUGGCCGCCUUCAGGAACUUCAGUGACGAGAUCAGGCACAACCUCUCAGAAGUACUUCUCGCCACCAUGAACAUCCUAUUCACACAGUUUAAGCGGCUCAAGGGGACGAGUCCCUCCUCGGCUUCCAGGCCCCAGCGCGUCAUCGAGGACCACGACUCUCAACUCCGAAGUCAAGCCCGGGCCCUCAUUACCUUUGCUGGGAUGAUACCCUACCGCACGUCCGGGGACACCAACGCCAGGCUGGUGCAGAUGGAGGUCCUCAUGAACUAGGCGCGGGCCCUGCAGGCUCCGGACACGCUGUCAGUACCUCGGGCACGUGGGCCGCGGGGUGGGUUUCCGGUUUUGUUUCCGUUGUGUUUUGUUUUGUUUUUUGUAUUAUGUAUUUUUUGUCAACACCAAUAAAUUUCUUUGAUUUGUAUUUCUUUUCACAUUCUUUUCUUUUUUUUCCUUUGAAGUUUUGUUUAAAUUUUUAUUUGUAUGAGAGAUGUCUUCAGUAGUUCUUGGGCCAGAGAAUGGCAGGCUUUUGUAGCCAUAGGUGUCUGUGAUUUGGGUCAGGUCGACCUGAAAUGAUAAAAAAUUAACCCAACAUGAGCAAGGAA